UCCCCCUGUCGGGUGGUGUUGAAACCAGUGGCUCGCUGGAGAAGAAAAAGACAACAUGGGGUAUGCGGAAGAACCGGUAAAUCAGUCGUAAGUCAACAUGAGUCAGACCGCAGCAGAGCUGGUCCGGUCGGAAGUUUCUGGUCACGCGUUGUCAAAGCAGUAGCAGUCAGUCAGCUCCCGGUCUCCGCUCAUGGCGGACGUCGGGGCGAGCAGCGGCCGCCGAGCUGAAGAACACGACGGGACAAACGGCAGACGCGUCCCGGAGCCUGUGUCCGUGGCCGGCGACCCCGCGGUGGCGGUCCCCCGGGGGCUGUCGUCCGCAAAUCCCGCACAGAGGAGAAAGCUGGUCCUGCAUUUGGACCUGAACAACACCAUCCUGGUGUCGGACGCCAUAACGGGCCAGGGGACUGUGGCUGCUCUGGACUACUUCCUCACGACCGUCACGUGGGGCAAGAUGGGCAAACACGGAAAGUGGGAAUGGCUGAGCGACUCCCCCUCCCUGCUCCCGCCGCGCAGCGACGCCGUCAGUUACCACACUCAGUUCGGACGGCUGCCUGGUUUCACCUCUGCUGCGGGACAACGUUUCCGCGGGGUUCUCGAGGAACAUCUGGAUCAGCUGCGCUGGCCCGAGGGUGUCAAGGAAGACAGCGAGCUGUCCGUAAAGGGAGAAGACGGACGACUGUACCACUGGAUCCUCCCCUCCUUCUUCCAGCUGCUCAAAGACCUGGUGCAGGAUGGGCGGGAGUUUGCCAUUGUGUUUCGUACGUUUGGAAGCGACCUGCCUCGCGCGCUGAGAGCAGUGUCCAGAGCGCUGAAUGAAGGGGCUCAUCCGCUGUUCCCCGAUCUGGCUGAUCUGAAGAUAAGUGUGAAUAUGUCUCCGGGCAAGAUCCGCUGCAGCAAGAGGGGGAUUGUCCUGAGUCGAGUCGAGGACCACGUGUCGACUCGGGACGGAGAGAGGGGCCUGUAUCAGUACCUCAGCUCAGUCCAGGGCCUGGGAGGCUUUCAGGACCACUUUGACUGGUGGGCUAGUAACACCUUCUCCAUCCGCGGGGGGAAGCCGCUGUGGGUUGACCCCUUUGACCAACACGUUCAGCACAUCUUCAUAGAUGACAACAUCCGAAUGAAUGAUGAGGAUACCAUCGUUCAGCCCAAGGUUUUCUUGGACCCAGGCGGCAGUGAGACUCGUUUGGCCUGCACCUUUGAGUUGUACGACAUCACCUUGGUCCAGAACAACCUCCUCAGGGCCAUCUCUGACCUCAACUACUUCACUGAGCGCGUCCACAUCUGCCUGGAAAACUAUGAGAGGAAUCUCCAGCAGGGGGCAGGAUAGCACACACUUUGUCCCUGCGGCAAACUCAGUUAGUCGGGUACAACAAACCUAGAUACCUACACCAUCCCAGCACAGACUGAAGAUGGAGGCACAGUAGACCGUAGGAUUAUUGAGGGAUAAUUUAAUGAAAAGGGAUUGAGUGAACUGAAAUGGAAAUGUAAGAAGGUUAUGUCUGGAAGAAGGUUACAUGACAUAAGUGAGUUCAUGAUGAGGGCCGUCUGUUUUUAUCUUCAGAUUCUUCUGGGCAAUUUAUUCAGAAGGACAAGUUAAAUGCACUUAAGGGAGAUUUAGAAAUGUGGCAGCUAGAUAAGUAGGAUUUUAAUUUGUUUUGGGAGCUGAGCGGUUUAAACACAGCACACCCUUCAUUUACACGAGGACAGCAGCUCAUAAAACAGCUCUUCAGUUAGUCUGUGUCCUCUGUCCUAAAGUGGACCGCUGCCGACUUCACGGAGCACUGAAGUGGCCGGGGACUCUGAUUUCACCAAAGGCUCCGACUAAUCACACCACAGGAGGAUUAGCCCAAUGCUGUGACAUUAGCGUCACUGGCCUCAGAUGUGUUGCAUUAGUUGUGUGUAGGGUAUUUAUGCUACUCGGGGUGAAACACUCUUAAGAUAGUUCAGACAUUUAAUUUGUCUGCAUUGUUUACGGCCGUUCCGAACUGAGAGUUGAUGCUUGAAUAUUUCCAGAUGACGAAGACGACGAUGAAAAAACCAUGUUAUCACUGUGCGGCGUCAGGGUGACACUUCACUGUGGAACUCUGAGCUCCGAGCUGGAAACCGUCUGGUGAGACUAUGUGUUGCACCGUGUUACAUUUAGAACAACACAGAGUGUUUCUUGAUGUUGGCGGUUCAGUUGACACUCAGGUUGAGAGUGAGUUUGAGUUGCGUUUGCACUGAAUUAUUCGCUGCCGUUUUUAUCAUUUGAGAGCAUUUGCAAUAUUAUUUGUGUGGAACAUUUGAUUAGUUAACUAUUUGCCGAGGUCAUUUUUUGAUCACUUUUGAGGGAUUUUGGAUAGAUUGAUUGUUCUUUGUUACUCCUCAGGUCAGUUCUAAAAAGACAGCUGGAUGCAAACUACUGAUAAUCGAAAGAGACGCAAUCAAAGCUCCACUGAAAACAGUGGAGUGAUGAUGUAUAGAGCGUCGAUCUCCAUGAAGAAGAUUAAGUGCAAGUGAAAAAUACAAAGCCAAAGCUGAGAGCAAAGCUUUUGCUGGUGGUGGUGGUGGUGGUGGUGACGUCGCAGUUUUUUUGUUUUUUUUUUACUACUGAGUUUUCUAUUUGCAAAAGUCUCAUCACAAAAUGCUCUUCCUGAAAAUCUCACAUAAGUCACACUUUAAAAAAAAUAUCAGUAGCAAAUUGGCCAAUAGUUUACGCAGCAAGUAACCACAUUGUUUAUGUUUAUCGCAGAAUUGUAUACAGUUUCAGAGUUUAAAGUAAACUUCAUCAAAUCAUGCUGCCAAACAGUAACUACAUCAAUUCUCAUCCAAACAGAGUGUGCAGUGUUCAUUCCCUCAGGGGAAGACGUACCAUACUACUGAGGACAAAAUGUGCAGUUGGAGUUGUAAAGGGUAAAGAUGACUUUUGAAAACAUUUAUGAUUUUAUGUACUAGAAUUUUGCAAAUAUGACUGAAGAUUUUACACUAAACCAGAGAUUCAUACAAGGCAAAAUAUUAGCUUCACUGCAUCAGUUGACUUUUUCUUCUCAGUUUGCACCACAAAGUUUGUAUCAUGUCAUUCAAGACUCCAGAUAUUUGGUCUUUUGAUCAUUAAAAAAAAAGAAAAGUAGAUACUACAGUAAUAUUGUAUUUCUUAAAAAAGGAAGGGAAACUGCUUUUCAUUGAUUCAGCGAUCUGUUAAAAAUCUGCUAUUUGCAUUUAAGGCUUUUGCAAACUGAAACUCUCCCAUUAAAAUAUUAAAACAAUUCCCAAAUACUAUAAAAAUGUGCUAUGAAGUAACAUCCAAACCCCAUGGUCAUCAUUGCAUCUGAUGCUGCCACACCUUUGAAUGCACGUCACAUCAAAACUUGAAAUAUGUAAUUUAUUUAUUUUUCAUAUGUGGUGUCAUUUUCUCAUACAAUAAUGUAUUAACAUAUGCUCUGUUUAUAUUGUGUUUCUGGUAUGUGUUACGAGAAGUAACAAUUAGCUGGGCCUGGAGAAGAAAAGCAGAUGAGGGAAGUGUGGUUUACAAGCGGUUAAUGAACAGCUGGUUUAUUAGGAGUAGUAAGACAUUUGGGCCAGGAAGAAGGAUUCAGACAGAUGAAAGGGCAAACACUCUUGUUGACCCCGGCCGCCUUGGCCUGGCUAUUUAAGAUGGCUUUUCUGUAUGAUCUGGGUCAGACGUCUGAACCAUCCCAUGGUGAAGGAGCUCUGAACCAGCUGAACAGACUCUGUUGUACUCUUGACUUUGUUUCAAUUAAAUAAAACUUGUAGACAAACUUGUUAUAUUUGAAUGAUUCAUUUGUUCAUUCCUUGAGGAAAUCAAGAUUUCCACCACAUCAUAUUUGUCAAAUAUUGCCGUUCGCUGAUAAAUAAAACCUUUUAAGUUUUGUGUUAAA